AUGUUCCAGGAACUAGGAAAGCAUAACGCCCGAGCAGUGGUUAGGGUCUGUGAGCCAACUUAUGCGAAAACACCGCUGAUCUCGAACGGCAUCGACGUACUGGACUGGGAAUUCGACGACGGUAGUGCACCACCUCCUGAGUUGAUCAAUAAGUGGCUCUCGCUUGCAAAAGAAAGCUUCAAAUUACAUCCGGAUCAGUGUAUUGCCGUGCACUGUGUUGCUGGAUUGGGCCGAGCCCCAGUGCUUGUAGCAAUCGCUCUGAUGGAAGCGGGAAUGAAAUACGAGGACGCUGUUGAUCUCAUUAGGCGGCACCGACGUGGAGCACUGAACCAGAGGCAGCUGAAUUUCUUGCAGAAAUACAAAGCAACCGGGCAGCUGCGAAAGCUUCGGUACAACAUCGAGGGGAAGCAGGACAGGUGCUCUGCGAUGUGA